UAUACUUUACCAUUUCUCUUGCCCUAGCGCAGCUUCUCUCUCUUGACACAGAAUCUAUAGUGACCCUACACAAUGGCGACAACAUGGCAAAGCUGUAAGGACACAUACACAAUCAGAGGCACCAACAAGAUCGUUAGAGCUGGAGACUGUGUUUCGCUACGCCCUACCGUAGCGAGCAAGCCAAUCAUGGCUCGCGUCGAGAAGAUCGAGCUUGAUAACUUGAACGGCAAGAGGGUUCAUGUGAGAUGGUACUAUCGACCGGAAGAAGCGAUCGGAGGUCGCAGAUCGUUUCAUGGAGAUAAGGAGCUGUUUUUGUCUGAUCACUAUGAUGUUCAUCGGGCUGACACCAUUGAAGGGAAGUAUUAUGUGUACUCUUUGAAGAAAUACACUAAGCUUGCGACUGUAGGUGCUGAAGAUUACUUUUGUAGGUUUCGCUACAAAGUUGCUACCGGGGUUUUUAAACCUCGUCGUGUCCCUGUGUUUUGUAAAUGUGAAAUGCCUUAUAACCCAGAUAGGUUUAUGGCGAACUGUGAGACAUGCAGUGAAAGGUUCCAUCCUGAAUGUGUGGGCAUACCUUUUGAAAAAGCCAUGAGAAUGCAGGAUUUAGGAUUUGUUUGUCCUGAAUGUUAUCCAUCUGAUUUGGAUCAUUAGGGACAUAUUAGAUGUGGAUAUUGGAGAUUGAUGUUGAAAAGUUGAUUUCUUGUUUAAAGGAAAAUAGAUGAACCCUUUGAGGAGUUAGUUGAGGUUGGCAAUGUGUUGAAGCUAGUCUAGAUACAUGUUAUACUAUGGAAGUUGUCUACCUGUUAUGUUGUAUUUUAUGAUAAUAAUGUCUAUUUGACAUGUGUGUUUCUUCAUUCUUGGUAUCAUGGUUUGAUGUAUUCCUUUUGUUUUCAAACAUGGUUUUAAUAAAAAAAGGAAUUUGUUAUCAUCUUUGAUGAACAA